AUGCCAUCUACCAAUCGCCCAGUCGAAGAUUCGCUUCAAAAGAAGGCGGAACGCUUUCGCGCAGAGAUCAAAUCAUUCCCAGUAUGUCUCGUUACAGGAGGAGCAGGUUACAUUGGCUCGCACACAGUCCUCGAGCUGCUCAAUGCUGGUGUUGCUGUUGUCGUGAUCGACAAUCUUUGCAACAGCCACAUGGAAUCUCUUUGUCGUGUACACUACAUCGCUCGAACUGAGUCUCAGCGCCUCCAACAAUCGGGUAACGUGCCUCCAAUCUUCUUCCACCAAGCCGACAUCCGAAGUGCAAAAUCUAUGAACCAGGUCUUCGAAUUCUGGCAGUCUGAGACGAUACACGUUGAGAGAGCCGCCUUCCCCGUGAGCAUUGGCGAGGUCUCCGCGAACAAAGCUUAUCCCAUGCUCGAUUAUGUACUGAACCCGGCGAAGAGAGCUCAGCAGAGUCCACAAGCCAAAGAUUCGCCCACUUGGGGCAGAAUCACAGCAGUCAUUCAUUUCGCUGCUCUCAAGGCUGUUGGAGAGUCCAUCACGAAGCCUCUGGAGUACUACGAGAACAAUGUUGCCGCACUUGUGGUCUUGCUCAAAACCAUGAAAGCUCAUGCCGUCAACGUGCUCAUAUUCUCUUCGAGCGCCGUGGUUUAUGGUGUUGGUCACGAAGCCGGCAUCACUGAGGAAACCGUUCAGGUUGCUGGCAAGGGCUCUGGAGGUGGUCUCCUCACCAAUCCUUACGGGCGAUCCAAGUGGAUGUCAGAAGAGAUCAUCAACGACUACUGCGUUGCAGAGCCAAGUUUCCAUGCAAUCUCACUGCGCUACUUCAACCCCACCGGCUCUCAUCCUAGCGGACUGAUCGGUGAAGAUCCCAAGGGUACACCGAACAACAUUGUACCCGUGAUUCUGCAGGCAUAUCAACGUCGUCGCAGCCGCGUUCAUGUGUUUGGUUUCAACUAUGACACUUCUGACGGCACGGGUGUGCGUGACUACAUCCAUGUCAGCGACCUUGCUAUGGGUCAUCUAGCAGCACUACGCAAAGCCACAAAACAGCCUGACCCAGUGCCCGAGGGCGAAGAACUCGAUGGUCAGGAUCCAAUCUCCAACUACAAUGUCUACAACCUAGGCACAGGUCGAGGAUACUCUGUGCUCGAAAUCAUCAAGGCCUUCAGCAAUGCAGCUGGCACAGCCAUUCCCUUUACCGUUGGCGAGGCACGCGCAGGAGAUCUAGGUACAGUGACUGCAUCACCAGACAAGGCAGCCUCUGAUCUAGACUGGCGCGCUGAGUUUGAUCUGCAAGACAUGUGCCGUGAUGUCUUCAACUGGGCAGCCGCCAAUCCCACUGGCUAUGAAACUCUGCGCCGCUUGUCAACCAUGUCCGGCAUGAACAGCCAAGAGAUGCGACGACAAUCCGUAGCGACCGGCCUUUUCGACCGCGAAGAAGACUUUGACAACUUCAUCACCACUAGCUUGAACUCGAUCGACAACACCAACAAUGCCAAAGACGACAGUGGUCGCCGCAGGUCAUCACACGGCACCAACUUUAGCAACAUGCUCAAGAAACUCCGCUCCGCUAGUCUUGGAGGAGACGAGGGCGAAAAUCCAUUUGGCGGCAACUAUGCCUUGUCGAGUGGACAUGGCCCGGGGGCUGGUGCGACUCCGAGGUUCAGCAUGGCUUGGGGCGAAAAGCACCAGACAGAUACGAUUACCGAGGGCGAUGAAGAAGAAGAGGAAGUCGAUUUGGGACCAACACUAAGUCCUUCGGCGAGCAGAACGCUGCCGAUGAGAUCGAAGUAA